CUUCAUUUCACUCUGGUUAAAGAUCGCAAUGUUGCUACCCCAAGGGAUUACUACCUCGCUCUGGCCCACACGGUCAGGGACCAUCUUGUAGGGCGAUGGAUCCGCACACAGCAAUAUUAUUACGAGAAGGAUCCAAAGGCAACACUAGCGGAAGUGUUUUGAUCAGGAACCCAACAGGAGUCCAGUGUCACAAGCUUUGUGUAAAAGCUAUAAAGCUACGGACUCUAAUUGAUUUAAAAACUUCUGAAAUCAUUAACAUUGUCUUAUGAAUGGUGUAACAUAGCAUAGCCAGAUAAGGUGUUAUAGAUCUGUCCUGUAAUGCUCAGGUCUGCAAAACCCCAAACAGACAGGUUGGACACAUGCCAAAUAUUGCAUAACAUGCAUACCAGACUGAGUGGGUUGUAUGCAAACUCCUCCUUACUCUGUACUCAACAGGCUAAACAUUGUCUGUGUCCACGUAUGCGUGGUUUUGGGAACAUUUCUUUUAUGUUACUGGCUAGAACAUAGAGUGUGGCUUGUAAACAGGCAGUCUAGUGUUUCUUUUCAUUCCAGAGCGCAGCAUAUCCGUUUCCUCUUCAUGUCUGUCUCCUGAGUGCCUACAGCCCUGUCAAGCUGGCUGUUCCACUGGCUCAGCACCGCAUUGUUUAUGUUCAUUGUGAUCAUGGCUUUACUUUCUCUAGAGUUCCCUAAGGGCCUAAAGAAGCUGGUGUGGUAGAAUGGAGAGAGGAUCCACUACUUGUCUCUGGAGUUCUAUAUGGGUCGGACCCUUCAGAACACCAUGAUCAAUCUUGGCCUGCAGAAUGCCUGUGAUGAGGCUAUAUACCAGCUGGGAUUGGAUUUGGAGGAGCUGGAGGAGAUAGAAGAAGAUGCUGGACUGGGAAAUGGAGGACUGGGCCGCCUCGCAGCUUGCUUCCUGGACUCCAUGGCCUCCCUAGGGCUGGCUGCCUACGGCUAUGGCAUCCGCUAUGAGUUUGGCAUCUUCAACCAGAGGAUCAGCAAUGGCUGGCAGGUGGAGGAGGCAGAUGAUUGGCUUCGCUAUGGUAACCCAUGGGAGAAAGCCCGCCCAGAGUAUAUGCUACCUAUUCACUUUUAUGGCCAAGUAGAACACACUGCAGAGGGAAUGAAGUGGGUGAACACCCAGGUCAUCUUAGCCAUGCCCUAUGACACUCCUGUGCCUGGAUACAAGAACAACACAGUUAACACCAUGAGACUGUGGUCUGCCAAGGCUCCCAAAGACUUCAACCUGCAGGAGUUCAAUGUUGGAGACUACAUCCAAGCUGUGCUGGACCGUAACCAGGCAGAAAACAUCUCCAGAGUCCUCUACCCAAAUGACAAUUUCUUUGAAGGGAAGGAGCUGCGUCUCAAACAGGAGUACUUUGUGGUGGCCGCCACACUCCAGGACAUCAUCCGUCGCUUCAAGUCCUCCAAGUUUGGCUGCAGAGACCCCGUCAGGACCUCCUUUGAGACCUUCCCUGAGAAAGUGGCCCUCCAGCUGAAUGACACCCACCCUGCCCUGGCCAUUCCAGAGCUGAUGAGGAUCCUGGUGGAUGUGGAGAAGCUGGACUGGGACAAAGCGUGGGAGAUCACGUGUCAGACGUGUGCCUACACCAACCACACGGUGCUGCCCGAGGCCCUGGAGCGCUGGCCCGUCUCCAUGUUUGAGACGCUGCUGCCCCGACACCUGCAGAUCGUCUAUGAGAUCAACCGACGCCACCUGGAGAGGAUAGCCGCCAUGUUCCCAGGAGACAACGACCGGCUGAGGAGGAUGUCCCUGAUCGAGGAGGGGGACCCCAAGAGGAUCAACAUGGCCCAUCUGUGUGUGGUGGGCUCCCACGCUGUCAACGGGGUUGCUCGCAUACACUCCGAAAUAGUCCAGCAGACUGUUUUCAAGGAUUUCUACGAGGUAGAACCUGAGAAGUUCCAGAACAAGACCAAUGGGAUCACUCCUCGUCGCUGGCUCAUGCUGUGCAACCCCGGCCUGGCUGAUAUUAUUGUUGAGAAAAUUGGGGAAGGCUUCAUGACAGACCUGUUCCAGCUAAGGAAGCUGCUCGACUUCAUCAAUGACGAAGCUUUUAUUCACAGUGUGGCCAAGGCAAAGCAGGAGAACAAACAGAAGUUUGCAGCCUACCUACAGGAGAAAUACAAGGUCAAAAUCAACCCAGAGUCCAUCUUUGAUGUCCAGGUCAAGAGGAUCCACGAGUACAAGAGACAACUUCUCAACUGUCUGCACAUCAUCACCUUCUAUAACAGGAUUAAAAAGGAACCAAGCAAGCACUUUGUUCCCAGGACAGUGAUGAUUGGAGGAAAGGCUGCACCUGGCUACCACAUGGCCAAGAAUAUUAUCAAGCUAAUCACGUCGGUGGGCCAGGUGGUCAACAACGAUCCCAUUGUUGGGGACAGGCUCAAGGUCAUUUACCUGGAAAACUACCGGGUGACUCUGGCUGAGAAAGUGAUCCCUGCAGCUGACCUAUCAGAGCAGAUCUCCACGGCGGGCACAGAGGCCUCGGGCACAGGCAACAUGAAGUUCAUGCUGAACGGUGCCCUCACCAUCGGCACCAUGGACGGUGCCAACGUGGAGAUGGCAGAGGAGGCUGGAGAGGAGAACCUCUUCAUCUUCGGCAUGAGAGUGGAGGAUGUGGAGGCCAUGGACAAGAAAGGGUACAAUGCCAGAGAGUACUACGAGCGUCUGCCAGAGCUGAAGCAGGCGAUGGACCAGAUCCAGACAGGUUGCUUCAGUCCGGAGGAGCCUGAUCUCUUCAAGGACGUCGUCAACAUGCUGAUGAACCACGACAGGUUCAAAGUGUUUGCUGAUUAUGAGGCCUACAUUGAGUGCCAAGAUCGGGUCGGUGAACUGUACAGGAACCCUAAAGAAUGGACUAAGAUGGUAAUCCAGAACAUUGCUUGUUCCGGUAAGUUCUCCAGCGACCGCACCAUCUCUGAAUACGCCCGGGAGAUUUGGGGUGUCGAACCCUCCAGUGUGAAGAUCCCGCCCCCCAACGAGCCUGCCGUCGAAUCCAGUCGCUGAGAAGCUGCUGGCACUCCCAUUCGUCAGAACUCCACCAGUCACAUCUCUACCAGUCUGGUCUUCAUCAGGCUGACUUCAUCAUGCAGCUAAUCCCUUCCAGCCCUCUGUGACAUUGCUUGUAAAAAUGGUGUUGGAAAAAUUGAAGAUGUAACACAUUUAUCCUGUAUAAGAAUGAUUCUGUGUUCAGUAUUCCUUGGGUGCAAAGAGAGGCCUAACCCCAAAUCUGAACUCUGGGUAAACAUACAGGACCCUUAUCUUGGAGCUGAGGACUUAGAAGAAGGGGGUUGGCUAUACAGAUAACAUGUUAUUUGAUUUACAUCAGAGGAGACUGGAAGGGGGCACACUGGAAACGUUAUAGCUUUUUCUUAGUUUCACUCCUUAUUUUACUUGAACAGUACCUCUCGAUUCUGUGCCCAACAGACCAGUGAGACAGGCUAACUUGCUGACUCAAAGCAGUCAACCAAAAACUCCUUAAGCCACCCAGACCCUUGUGACCUCUCCACUUUUAUUGUGUAUGUACUGUAGUUUUCUGCUACCGAUGGGACUUUUAUCGCGGGGGAACAAACUCGUCUUUAAGCAUCCCUAUCGAAACAUUUAAUGUGUGACUCAAGUUGCAUAAAAUGCGUACUGUGAAGUUCCUGGUUAUCAGUGGACCAGUGUUUAUCAUAAUGUUCAUGCUCUCUGUUCUUCAUACUGGUUAAUGGGCUGUGACAAAAUGUGCCAUGUUCAUUCUUGUGUAUAUUUGUAAUGUAAAGGAAUUUCCAUCUGUUGUGCGUUCUCAGUGACUUGUCACAACAUCCGGCACUUUCUAGAGACUACAUUGGAGUGGCUGACAUUGUGUCACGUGACCUAUGUGGAUGUGGAGGAAUGGCUAUAUCCACAUUCGGGUGUGACACUGAGCUGUACUUGAAUACUGUAUGUUAAUUUGAUUGAAACAAAAAAAAACAUGUCACAUUCAGUAUACCUUCUCCUUAAAGAAGAAUGUUUUCAUCUGCAAAAGAUUGAAGCGAUGUGGCGAUCAACAAGAUUGUUAUAAAAAAAAGACUUCUGCACUUAC